AUGCGAGUUCUAAGAUUAUCCACAAGACAUUUACGACAAUGUCGUCGAUAUUCGUCUGAAAUCCAGACUGAUUCAGCUCAGCGAGAGGUCAAAAAAGAGCCAGAGGUUCCAAAAUUCUUGUCGAAUGCUCAAGUUUUGGAAGAUAAACGGGUUCCUGUCGAAAAGAAGUCGAUUUCCAGAGGGUUGAUGCUUAAUAGGUUUGAAAAGGUAAGUUCUUGGCUUAUUUUUGAUAUGUUUAUGUUGGAAGUCUUGCUUAUAUUGAAGGAUACACUUGACUUGGUAUACCUGGUUCAUGAAUGAUAUUGUGUUACUUUCAGGAUUUCUUGAUCUAUCCAGAGCUAGAUGACAAGAAGGCAGCAGACAACAUUCAAGCUUAUUGUCGGCAUUUAAAAUAUGUUUUGGAAGUUGCAUGUAAGUUGGUUUUUCUUUUGUUGUUUUAUGUUUAGGUCGAGAUCAGAAGUUUAUUUAAUGGAGAACAAGGUUGUUUGGAUAGGAAAUAUGGAUCUUUAUACUUUAUUAGUUAUAAUAAGUGCUAUUUUUUACAUUAUGUAAUGUAAGAAAGCACAGUUAUUUUGUUUUAGCGGAUAUAUGUAUCUUUUUAGCUUGAGAUGGAGGUAUGAGCGAGUAAUUUGGUGAAGAAAAGGUUUUUAGCAUUGUAACUGUCAAUUUUUUUAAUUAGUUAGACGCCAAAGAACAUUUUUAGAUUGAGAUUGAAAGAAGUGGCGAUAUAUUUUUAAUUUAAGCUUGUUUUAUAUCGUCAGUACAUCAAGACAUCAAAGUUGAUAGGUAAACAAAAAACAAGCUUUAAUUUCUCAAAAUUUAGAUUCAGAUCAUUAAAAUUAAUUUCAAAACAGUUUCCAAAGUCUAUUUUUUAAUUUCAGUAAAAAGCAAUGAUCCAAUAGCGUCAGUAAAUCAAGUUUUGCUUCAAAACUAUGUCUUUGCUGCCUAUGUCAAGAAGGAAUUUGGUGGUAUGGAGAUGAAUAGGCGAGAAAUCAUGUGUGUAAAUGAAGUUAUUGGGAAUCAAGAUUUGUCUUCAUUUUGUAAUGUGUCUUCUGUUCAAUUGGCUACGUUUCUGAUUCAGAAUUUUGGGAAUGAAGAGCAGGUUAAGCGACUGUUACCCAAAGUUGGCACUGGACAAAUUCGAGUCGCUUUGGGGACGGAUAACGUUAGGUGAGGGUUUUAAAGCAAGAAGAAUUGGAUGUUGAAUUAUUUUUGGUUUUGACUUGUGUUUUACAUGUUUUCUGAUAAAAAAAUUUGAUAUUAACCAUGAGUUCUUUAGUGAAAGCCGGAGUUUAAGAGUGUCAACGUUUAAUGACAAGUUAUUACUUAAUGGUAAAGUUGAGAAUUUAAUAAAUGGAGCAGAUGCGGACAUAUUUUUGUGUUUUGCGUUGGAGAAGAACGAUGAAGGCAAAGAAACGAUCGGAUGUUAUAUUGUGGACAAGGAUAAUAUCAAGGGGAAAGUGAAGAUUGAAAGUGCGAGGAAAACGAUGGGUUUGGAGAAUGUUAAAUGUAAGUUGAGUCUGCAAAUUUAUUUUUAAAAAUAUUUUUUAUUUUUAAUGUCAGAAAAGUCUUGUCGUUUUUUAAGCUGUGAACUUGUGUUGAUUUACGACAAGACUUUUAAAAAAUUUUAUUGAUGAAGUGAGAUUUCAAAAUUUAAGCUUACUUUUUCAGUUUCAAACAUCAAAUUCUCGAACGUCGAGUUGUCGCCAUUAGAUAAGUUGGAGAACAACCUAACCGGCGACCAAAUCUUCGCCAGUAUAGCAGAAAUGAAUCGCUCACUCAAUGCCUCAGGCGCUAUAGGAGCAAUGAAGAGAGUACUGGCCGACCUAUCCAUAAAAGCCAAUAGAACAAUGUCGGGAAGACAUAAAACGUUGUCACAAAACUCUGCUGUGAUAUCAGUGGUCAACACCUUGGUCAGAGAGAUUCACUACAUCGAAAGUGUACUAUACUACAUUAAUGGGUUGAGUGAUGAACAACUCUUUGUUGUUAAUGAUUUGGAAAGCAUGAUUGUUGAGGUGGGCUUAUAUUUUGUUGAAGGGAUUAUUAUAUGGCAUUUAAUAGGCGAUUUUUGGCUUUUUUAGAGGAUGUUAAUUAAAAAUUUAUUUUUUUUUCGUUUUUACUUAAAAAUUUAUAUUUUUUAUCUUUUUUUGAUUCAAAAUGGAAAUCUUAGUUUUUGUUACCUAAAAUUUUAUCUUUUUUUGUUUUUUUUUAUUCAUAGUUGGAUAAUCUUACUUUUUGUUACUUAAAAAUUAGUUUUUUUUGCUUUUUGUUACCUAGAAUUAGAAAAUAUUACUUUUUGUUACCCAAAAUAUUGAUUUUUUAUCUCUAUAAUAAAAAAAUUUUACUUUGUGUUAUCUAAAAAUUAAAAAUUUUACUUUUUGAUACUAAAAAAUGUACGUUUUAUACCUAGAAAUUGAUAAUUUACAUUUUGUCACCUAACAAUUGUAAAAUUCAUAUUUUUUUUAUUAAAAAUUGAAAUCUUUUGUUUUUGUUACCUAAAAUUUUAUUUUUUUGUUUUGUUUAAAUUUAAAGUAGGAUAAUCUUACUUUUGCUACCUAAAAAUUCAUUUUUUGUUUUUUGUUACCUAAAAUUAAAAAAUUUUACCUUUUGUAACCAAAAAUAUCGUUUUUUCACUUUUUUUUUUAAAAUUAAAAAAUUUUACUUUUUGUUACCUAAAAAUUGAUUUUUAUUCUUUUGUUAUCUAAAAUGUUAAAGUUUGACUUUUCGUCGAAUAAAAAUUGCUUUUUUCCACUUUUUUUAACUGAAAAGUUUUAAUUUUACGUUUGAUAUUUAGAGAUUGAAAUUUACUUUUUGUCGCCUAAAAUUUGAUUUUUUAAUUUUUUUUGUUACUUAAAAAUAUAUUUUUUAUAUUUUACGUACUGAUAUUAAAUUCAAUUUUUAGAAGCUAGUAUGCUCAGCUCUUCGAAAAACCAUUCUAAGUUUGACAGAGGUUAUGGGUAUAACAUCGGUGGAUUCGGACCUUCCAUACAAUAAAUGGCUUCGAGAUGUGGCCACGUUUUCUUGUCUCCUCAACAAUGAGCACAAACUAUCGGCCGAAAUCACAAAACACGUCGUACAGAACAUGAAAGACGAGAAUAUGAAAUGGCACUUCCCUGCAUCACGUCUUAUGUUCAUGUUCGUACCUCAAUCCUCAACUUUCAAGCCUCUACCCACCAAAAUGACUCAUUUCAUAGCUGAACAUGUUCACUAUUCUCUCAAAAACUGUGCCACCAGGUUCGAAUUCGGGAUGGGACAAUGUCAAGAAGCUGUCUACAAAACUCUGGGCAAGAAUAAAUAUCAAAUUCCGACCGGUAAAGAGAGGCAGAUCGAGAACAUCAUAUCUGAAAUGACAGUACAACAAGUUUUAUGUGCUGCUCUGUUGGCAAGAACAUCAAGAAGCUACUCGAUUGGUCUAAAGAAUGGUGAUGUAGAGUUCCAAUGGACAAAUGAAUAUGGACUGAAGUUCGAACGGUCGAUCAGGGUGAAUAUCCGAGAGUUGUGGCAUGUGUGGAAGAUGAAGGACUACAAUAAGCCGGUUGUUCAUAAGGUUUACCCUUUCAAACUACCUCAAGCGCUUCAGAAGGCUGUGGAAGAUGAAAGAGGAUUUGAAUUUGAUUUUGAAGGAACAAUGGCUGAAGAUGGUGAAGAUAAGAUAAAGGAUGAUUUAAAAGAUGAAGUUAAGGCGGAUUCAGAUGACCAUUUUGAAAAUCAUGUUGAUUAUGAAAAGAAGAAUGGUGAAAAGUUAGAAAAAGAACGUGAUAAUGGAGAAGAAGUAGGGAAGGAACAUGAUAAUGGCCAAGAAGUAGGGAAAGAACGUGAUAAUGACCAAGAAGUAGAGAAAGAGCAAGCAAAAGGUCAUGAAAUGAAGCAGGAAGCUCGACGUUAG